GUGCUACGAAAACGAGAGCACCCGGACUCCGUGAGAACUACAGUAUUUAAAGUCUGAACAUUGACUCUAUUUCGUUUUCAAGCCCACAUCACAAAGGCUCGCGUCUCCGCCACGUUUUCUUGCUUUCAGCUCUCUUGGCAACUUACGGUUAGGCAACUGCGAGAGGCCGCAAGGCCACGAGGAGGCAGGUAGGCAGUGACUUUUAACAUUGGAUACUUAUAUCCCACAUUUCUACGAAUCGAGGAGACAUCUGAAAUUACUUGCCUGUCUGCAAUUGAGUUUUUUUCCGAUAUCAUUGUCUCACAGUAACCCGAACUCGUCACCGUCACCCUCUCAGAAUCAUGGCUUCCCCUUACCACGGCCAUUUCGGCAUGCAUGGCCGUAUAUGCGGCAUGUACUACACCUGUCGUGGUGCUACCACAAAUGGAACUGAGCUUUCUUCUCUUCCCCUGGUCGACAUUCAGGCUCACGCCUCUAUACUGUCAUUCACCUCACGCACAGUCCUUAAACAGACCUUUAUCAACCCAUCCGAAACGAAAGGCAUCAAAGAGCUCAGAUACAUGUUUCCGUUGCACGAUGGAGUCAGUGUCGUGGGCUUCACCUGUCGCAUCCGCGAUCGAGUCAUCGUCGGCGAAGUGAAAGAGAGAGAUAGGGCGAAAGCCGUGUUCAAAGAGGCUGUAGCCAGAGGGGAGACAGCAGGAUUGUUGGAGCAGCUAAAGGAAGCUUCCGACGUUUUCACAACGACCAUAGGAAAUGUCCCACCAGGAGAAAGAGUGGUUGUUACCCUGACUUAUCUCGGAGAGCUCAAGCAUGACAUGGGCGUUGACGGAAUCCGGUACACCAUCCCUACCCACAUAUGUCCACGAUAUGGAGUCGUGGGUCCUGGAAUCGAAGGCGAGCGAGCGCCACAGGCUCAAGGGAGAGGAAUCUCUAUCACCGUCGACGUAGAGGUUGGGGAAGGUUCGAUUAUCCAGAAGGUCCAAUCGCCCAGUCAUCCCAUUUCUGUUUCGAUGGGAACAACAUCCAUUGCACCGGACGGCGACCCGAGUAUGACGAAAGCCACUGCAAGUCUGAGUCUGGAGACAGCCGGGUUGGAGACUGAUUUUAUCCUCCAAAUCGUUGCAAAACAGAGUGGCAUACCGAGAGCGAUUUUAGAGACCCAUCCAAGGAUACCGAACCAUCGAGCUCUGAUGGCUACCUUAGUCCCCAAGUUUGCCCUUCCUGCGGAGAAGCCCGAAAUCGUCUUCAUGGUUGAUCGCAGUGGCAGCAUGUCGGGGAGUAACAUUCAGCUGACUAUCCAAGCCCUCAAGGUCUUUCUCAAAUCCUUGCCUGUGGGCGUAAAAUUCAACAUAUGUUCCUUCGGCUCACGGUACUCGUUCCUUUGGGCACAGAGCAAGACAUACACCCAGGAGACUUUGGCGGCGGCACUCACUCACGUCGAAUUUAUGGAUGCAAAUUUUGGGGGCACUGAAAUGCUGCAGCCGCUGGAAGCGAUCAUCAAGCAACGGUAUACUGACAUCCCACUGGAUGUCAUGCUGUUGACGGAUGGACAGAUAUGGAACCAGCAGGCACUCUUCUCCUCGCUCAAUCGCGAGGUAGCCCAGGCGAAGAUGCCAAUGCGCGUCUUCACUCUUGGGGUCGGAAACGGCGUAUCCCUUGCGCUGGUCGAGGGCAUUGCAAGAGCAGGGAACGGAUUCUGUCAGACAGUUGCUGAUGGUGAGAAGAUGGAUUCUAAGGUUGUGCGCAUGUUGAAGGGAGCACUCUCUCCCCACGUGCACGAUUAUACCCUGGAAGUGAAAUACUCUGGGAAAUCGAACGGGAAUGAGGUCCCAGAAGACUAUGAGGUUGUCGAGAAGGUUGCUGAUGCCUUGAUGACCAAGCUAGAUCUGAAGGAUGACGAAAAGACAAAGUCUCCGCAAAAACCCAUAUCACUUUAUGAUGAGUCCGUCGACCCUGACCAAGAAGAAAAGACAGCAGAUGAUGACAGUGGUCAAUCGAAAUAUGCGUAUCUCCCCAACCUUUCAGUGCCAUGCAUAAUCCAGACUCCGCAAAAGAUACCAUCCCUGUUUGCCUUCAACAGGACAACGGUGUACCUACUUCUCGGCCCUGAGUCUACCAAAAUGACGCCGAAGUCAGUUAUCUUACGUGGAACCAGCCAGCACGGUCCCCUCGAACUCGAAAUCCCAGUGCAAGUGCUUGACACGCCUGGAGAAACAAUCCACCAGCUCGCCGCUAAGAAAGCCAUUGCCGAACUAGAAGAAGGCCGUGGCUGGCUCCCUGAUGCAAAAGAUGCUAAGACUGGUAACCCUGUAAAAGACCAAUACCCGAGCCGCUUCUCCGACAUGGUGGAACGCGAAGCGGUACGUCUUGGAGUACAGUUCCAAGUGGGCGGCAAGUGGUGCUCGUUCGUCGCUGUGGAGAAGAAGGAUACGACAACCGGCCAAGAGGUGGGCGAGGACUGGGAAUGGCUUGAUGCUACUUACACACCCCCUGGAAGUGAGGAUGGGAAGGCUUCGGCUCAGCCUUUUGGUAUGAAUGUCGCUUCUUCCUCGGGACCUCCGAGUGCGUCACUUUUCGGCAGCGCUGCACCACCAACAUCUCCACCGUCGGGAUCCUCUCUUUUCGGCAGCGCUUCGACAAGUAGACCUCUGUUUGGUCAAGCCGCAUCACCGGGGAGUGCUACCGCUCCGGCCCCAUCGCUCUUCGGAAACGCGUCCCUCGACCGCAUCAUUGCCCUCCAGUCGUUUGAUGGGUAUUGGAAUGGCACGCCUGAGUUGUUCUCCUUGCUUGGUGUCGCUCCGGAGAAGAUUGCGGGUUUGCAAUCGAACUUCAAUUGUGAAGUGAAGGUACUGGUGACUGCCCUGGUGCUGGCAUUCUUGGAGAGGAAGUUAGCGAGUAAGAAGGAGGUAUGGGAGCUGGUUGGUGAGAAAGCCAGGGGGUGGUUGCAG